AUGAAAAUUAUAAUGGGUCGCCGUGUGGCCAUCUCCCCUUCUACGCCUAGGUCAAGGGCCAUGGAUAAAUACGAGCAGUUGUCAGUUGUUGGAGAAGGCUCUUACGGCGUUGUGCUAAAAUGCCGUCGUCGUGACAAUGGGCACUUAGUGGCGAUCAAGAAGUUUUUGGAAACAGAGGACGAUGCUGCCGUUCGCAAGAUGGCGCUGAGAGAAAUUAGAAUGUUAAAGAAACUACGACACGAUCACCUGGUAAACAUGAUCGAGGUGUUUCGACGCAAGCGAAGAUUUUAUCUUGUAUUCGAAUACCUGGAUCACACUCUGCUAGAUGAGCUGGAAGCUACUUCUGGGGGUCUUGGGGAGGAGACUGCCAAGAAACACCUGUUUCAGCUGCUCAAGGGUGUUGAAUAUUGUCACCAGAAUUCCAUCAUCCAUCGUGAUGUGAAACCAGAGAAUGUCCUGGUAUCAAAUAAUGGUAUAGUGAAACUUUGCGACCUUGGCUUUGCAAGAGCCCUGGCAGCACCAGGGGAGCCAUACACAGAGUAUGUCGCCACUCGGUGGUACAGAGCUCCAGAAUUGCUGGUCGCUGAACACAGAUAUGGGCCAGAAGUGGACAUAUGGGCAAUUGGCUGUUUGUUUUCGGAGAUGUUGACGGGUGACCCGCUCUUCCCCGGUGACUCAGAUAUAGAUCAAUUGGCAUUAAUUAUCAAGACAGUAGGUAAGCUGGCACCCCGUCACCAACAAGUGGUAUCCAGGCUUUCUGGUGGUGCAGCGCUAAGUUCCGGACCGGUCGGUACCAGAAGUAAUCUUCCAGGAUCUGGGCUGGCGAAAGAGUUGCUCUCGGCGUCUCUUCGGACCGAACCUAGAGCCAGGCCAUCGGCAUCUGCGCUUUUGAGGCACAAAUAUUUCAUUGCUGACGGCUUCUCGGAAAACUUCAAUGCUGAACUAAGGAAGAAGCUGGGAAAAGAUGUUUCACAGACGCCUCCACCGCAGGUCGCCGCAAGAGUCACCGGAAAACCCAGGCAACAGUGGACAUUGAAUAUUAUAAAUUCUGAUAGCAGGCCUCGUACGGAUAGUACUGCUGGAGAAUCACUUAUUGACUACAAUUAUACACCCAGUAUAGAAGGACAACUGGAGAGCCACACUUCGGAGAAGAAGUCGCAGGCAUCUAUCAAUGCUUCCACAGCCGCGCCUUUUGAUGAUGAUGUGGGUUGCUGGUGUCCAUCAACACACGGAACCAGCAAAGUGGCUGCGGCACCAUCUAAAAGCCUCUCCAAAGCCAUCAACGAAACAUUCCAGACGUUUAGUGUUCCCGUAAAUAGUUAUCCCAAAACACCUUAUAUCAAGAAGGUGAAUAACAAAUUAAUGAUGGACGAAGAAUUAAUAAGAGGAAGAUCGUUGGCGAAGAAAAACACGAAGAAAUCGCCAGCCGAUAUUUCCUUGCCUUAUGUGCCUGGAGCUAGCAACAGUCCCAUGAAAAAAGCAAAGAAGCCACCUGCACACAAUUCAAGAAAUCAUGAUACAUGGGAUCACAGCAGGAGUAGCGUCGAUGCGUCCUACCAACGCACGCCCACAAAUCUACCCUACAUGUGA